AUGGAGGAAGAAGAUCCUGUAGUACAAGAGAUACCAGUUUAUUUGUCAAAGGCGCUUGCCGAAAACUUGUAUGUUUAUCAGUAUCCCGUAAGACCGGCGAAUAGGGACUGGAAAGAUCUUGUAGUUACAAAUGCAGCAAUUAAGCCAAAGAACCAGCUUGUAAGAUUGGAAGUUGGUCUGGCUACUGAUAGCGACAAAUACUGCCCCUCUAAAGGCGAGCAGAUCGCUAUUAACACAGAUGGACAACAGGAAUGGCAUACCAAGACAAAGGACAAGUCAAAAUAUUUUAGAAGUGGUAUGAUGGAUAAGAUUGUUUAUGAGAGCUGCUCUCCUUGCACAGAAACUGGCCACUAUGCUGUUGCAAUAUUGCAAGAUAAAGAGUUGCAUUGCACUCCUAUACAAGGUAUUGUACAGAUGAGACCCUCAUAUUCAUAUUAUGAUAAGCAAGAUAAACGCAAAAGUGAUAAAAAUAAGGCUGAUAAUUCUGAUGAUGAGGAGAAAGAGAAAGAACCUGAAGCAGAACAGGUGACAGUGAAAUUUGCACGCCAAGAGACUGAUGUAGCUAAAAAAGCUCGGGAGAAGUCCUUUGAAACCGUAUCCCAAAGAAUAAAUGAUGAACCAUGGUAUGAUGCCAUGUGGAAGGAUGCUGAACAUGCAGAACUUGAGCGGCUCAAGUUGUUCAGUAUGAACACAUCGGAUGGCUCAGCAUUGACCCUUAGUGGCCGUGAGUACGUGCGGGUUUUGGUACCACCGCCUCCUGAUGACGAGGCAGACGUGGCGCCGGCCAAACUGCCCACACCACAGGAACAACUCAAGGAAAUACUCAUCAAUGCGAAACUGAUGAAGUUCAACGACCUGCGCGCCAUGGUGCGCACCGAGGACGGCAGCCAACUAAGCGAAGCAUCGCUUCUAUCCGCUUUAAGCGUUUGCGCGUGCUGCGUACGCGGACUAUGGACCGCGCGCUCCAGCUGCCUUUAUACGCGCGCCGCGCCCGCGCCGCCCCGCUUGCUGUGCGCCGCGCGAGACCACGUGGUGAGUGCCUCCGAUCUAGCCGGCCUACGAGGAUGUCAGCCAGUAUAUCGACGCGUCGCUUCUGUCCGCGUUAAGUGUUUGCGCGUGCUGCGUACGCGGACUAUGGACCGCGCGUUCCAGCUGCCUUUGUACGCGCGAGACCACGUGCUUUACCUUUUCACUCAACAUCCUUACAUAGACAGACGGAAGGUCGCCGCAGCAGUUCGUCUGCCCCCCGCAGAAGUGUUAGAGAUAAUAAGCUCCGUCGCCAAAUUCAAUCCGCGCACAGGCUGGGAGCUGAUAAUACCGCCCGACGUCGCCUUCGAGGCAAAGUAUCCCGACGUUGUGCAACGUCAGAACUUGUACUGGGAGGCUAGACAACGGCAGUUCAACGAAAUGCUGAUAGGCGAAAAUGUACCAAAACGUCAAAGAAAAAAGUCCCAAAGGGAGUCGGUCAGCUCCGAUACCAUGAUGAGCCCCAAACCGAGGUGCAACAGUAUCACAGAAGAGGAUAGUGAACGAAAGAGACAGAAAAACAAAUCCGCAACGGGCGGCGGUAAACGGACUCGUAAUUUUAGUUCGAGCAGUGUUCAUGACGCCACGUGAUCCGAACACAAAGUUAGGUUAUCAAAUUUAUUAGUGUAAAGCAAGUGCUUUCUCACUCGUACAUCCGAUAUAAUGUAUAAGUGUAAAUGAGACAGCUUGACUGGUUGGUUUAAGUUUUUACAGCAUUACGAUGUUAUUAUUUUUUUAUUUUAUCAACAAUUGCUUUGUCUGCGUCAAUUAGAAAAUUGUGAUCUGUACUAGUGAUUGUCAAGGAUUUCACUUGUUCAAUAUGAUUUUAGUAUAAUUUUAGGGUUCCGUACCUCAAAAGGAAAAACGGAACCCUUAUAGGAUCACUUUGUUGUCCUGUCCGUCUGUCCGUCUGUCAAACCGUUUUUCUCAGGACGCGUGGAGGUAUCAAACUGAAAUUCAUAUCUAAUACUCAGGUCUACUGUCCCUUGGAGCUGUGAAAAAAUCAAACUUCUAAGCCAAAGCAAUCAAAAGAUACAGCCGUUUAUGCCGCAAAUUUUCGAAACUCUUACGGGAAUCAAAACCUACAGGGUACUUCCCGUGAACUUAGAAUCUUGAAAUUUGGUACGAAGUAACGUCUUAUAGUACAGAUAAAGGAAAAAUUGCGAAAACCGUAAAUUUUUAGUUACAUAAUAAAUUAUAAAAAAUAUUUUUGAAAAUUCAGGUUUGUACGGAACCCUCGGUGCGUGAGUCUGACUCGCACUUGGGCGGUUUUUAUUCAAGCAUUUAACUACUACAUUUUUAUGCCCUUAGUAUUAUUUUACUAGAAAAAUAUUAUCUCUGCCCAGGCAUCAAACUAGAAUUGAACCAAAAAUCCUAUUCUAUCCUGGCGAAUGCACUGACCAUUAUGCUACCUAGACCUUAAUGGUCAAAUCAUACUAGCGCAGAGUCGAAACGCAUCAAAGCGGUUAUUAGAAACAGUAACUUAGCAAAUUCACUCUUAUCUCGGGUACAUAUAGCAUAUAUUCCAUCUGAGCUGAUUAGUUGAUUUCGUGUAUCUUCUUUUUAUCUCAGAAGGAAUAUGCACAUUACAUUUUGUAAAUAAUGGUUAUUUGCUUUGUUACGUUUCUGGAAUUCGCUUCGAUGCGUUUCGACUCUGCGUUAGUAUGAAUUGACCAUAACGGACUCGUCAAAAUUAUUCCAUUACGUACCUAUGUCUUCGAAAUGGUUAAUUUUUGCUUACUUCCGUUAACUCACAUAUUAUUAUGGAUCGUUCUAAGAAAGCAUAUCUAAUACUUUGAAUCUUUGAUGUUAUUUAUAAAAGAUUUACUUAUUUGUUGUAAUAAUGUGAAAAGAAAACAUUGUCUUUCGGAACAUGAUUUUUUGUUGUUAAUAAAGAGUCAUUAAUUGUGAUCGCCAUUUGAGGUGUAUUAAAAAGUAACUGAAUAGGGAGAGUUAAUGCAGUUAUGAGUUAAAGAAAUACAUAGUAGCGUAGAGAGUGGGAUUCAGUGGGCGGUACCAAAAGCAAACCCUUCCCCAAUUGUAAUAAAGAAUAUUGCUCAAUAGGGUAUUUGACAGUGUUAAAAAUAAAAUGCCAAUUGUUAGCAUCGGUGUUUAGAAUGAAUAUAGGCAGGGGUUUUUACUACCUAUUUUUUUAAAAUUGCAUAAUUUUACUAAAAACUAACGAAAAAAAUAAUAGUUUUCUUUUCUAUUGUCACGUGACCCAAAACGCUUGCGAUUGGCGGAGCCUAAAAUGACGUCACACGCAAGUAAACUUCCGGUUAAAGUGACAUUACAUUGUAUCAUUUGACGUUUUAAUAACAGUCG